AAAUUAGUGUUUAAAUAUAUGGACUAAAGUUAAGUCCCUGGAUACAAACACCACCUACAUAUCGGAAAACAAAUUUCCAUUGCCCUUGCACCAAAAAAAAGGAAAGGUAGCACAGGUACGCAAAUGUAGCAGCAAAAAAGGAUGCCUUCUUGGUGAGAAGCGUUUUCCUUGAUAUCCCACCCCGAAGCAGAAAUCUUAAGACGUCGAAACAUUGCCAUGAUGCUAACCAUCCUCGAAAGUCGAAAUCAAAACGAUAAAAGCAAAAUGAAGUGCACUCCAUAACAAACAAAACCCAAAGUAAGAAAGAAAAAGAAAUGUAUGCCCAACGUGCAUGCCUCAUACAUCCCACGUACGUGCAUUCCACCAACAACCCUGAAGCUAGCGAGACGCCGAGUCGCCGACACACCGUCUAAAACGGAAAAAUUGACGAGACGUGUCCUCUCGUCUUGGCGUCUCCCCUUCAAAAACACCACAGGGCACAACAUUGCUCUCCUCCUGUGUCAAACGUGUCAGUCCGGGCGGGCGGCAACAAGCAUGCUACGCUACAACGCAACGCCGAAGGCCUCGCCGCCGAUGUCGCCGCUGCGCCCGCCGCCGACGCCACGCACUCCCCUCGGCGGCGCGGCGACCACCCCGGAUCAGCUGCCUCCGCCCUCGCCGCACACGCCACGCCCGGCGAUCACGCUCACCGCGCCCCCUUCCAAGAAGAAGCGCCGCGGCGGCGCCGCCGCGCGCUCCCUCCGCGCCAUCCGCGCCGUGCGCGCGCUGUUCCGGUCGCUCCCGAUCCUCGCCCCGGCGUGCCGCUUCCACGGCGCCAUCCGCGCCCCCGGCGGCGCGUCGCGGGCGCACGACGGCCACGUCAGCGGCGCGUCGCGCACGACGGGGACCCUGUUCGGGUACCGCAAGGCGCGGGUGACCCUGGCGGUGCAGGAGACACCCGGGAGCGUGCCCAUCCUGCUGCUGGAGCUCGCCAUGCAGACCGGCAGGUUCAUGCAGGAGAUGGGCGCCGAGCACCUGCGCGUGGCGCUCGAGUGCGAGAAGAAGCCGCCGGGCGCCGGCGCCGGCAUCGGCCGCACGCGGCUGCUCGACGAGCCGCUGUGGACGGCGUACGUGAACGGGCGCAAGAUCGGGUACGCCAUGCGCCGGGAGCCCACGGAGGGCGACCUCACCGUCAUGCAGCUGCUGCGCACCGUGUCGGUCGGCGCCGGCGUUCUGCCCACCGACGUCAUGGGAGGCGACGCCGGCGCCGAGGUGCAGGACGCCGGUGACCUCGCGUACAUGCGCGCGCGUUUCGACCGCGUCGUUGGCUCCCGCGACUCCGAGUCGUUCUACAUGCUUAACCCCGACGGCAACAAUGGGCCGGAGCUCAGCAUCUUCUUCAUUAGAAUAUGAUGAGAAUUCUGCUAGUUCUCUCCUGUGGUCUUAGACUCGUGUGCUUGCAGUUGCAGAUGACAAUAGCGUAGUUUACAACGCUGUAACUCUUGACAUGGGGGAUUCAAAAUUAGAUGCGGCACUUGCAUCUGCAGAUCGAUUUCUGGUUUCUUUCAUUAAUUUGUGAUCACGUCGAUCAUGGUUCAAAGUUGUUUGCUUUUUUUUAGGACAAAUAAAAUCUUGUUAGGACCUAGGAGUUGUGAUUUUGUUACCACAUUCAGAGUUUCUGUAUUUCUGAAACUGAGCAGGCAAUCAGCUCACUAGUACAAAAAUACAUUCAGACUUUCAGAGAAUUUGUAUUUGUGAAACUGAGCAGUCAAUUAAUUACCAAAAAAAGGAUUUGUA